AUGAUUUCACCCUACGCUGCAGCACUACCUAUCAGCUGGAAAAGCCAAGUUGCUUCUUGGUUUACCGAAGAUUGUACAUCAUUUGAUUACGCCGGUUACGUGGUGGGUGAUGCAGAGAAAACAGCUACGCUUUACGGAACUACUAAUGGGGUUCUCGCGGGCGUACCAUUUUUUAACGAAAUCUUCGCCCUCGCAGAGUGCACGGUAAAAUGGCUUGUUGACGAAGGAUCUGUUAUACAAGUCGGAACUGAGGGAACAGUUGCACUCGCCUCGGUAACUGGACCAGUACGCAAGCUCCUUCUUGGCCAAAGAAUCGCCAUCAGCAUGCUUAGUCGAUGCUCGGCCAUUGCGACAAAAUCAAAGACAAUGAGAGACUUAUUAACUAACGCCGGAUAUAACGGAAUUCUUGCCGGUACACGCAAAACUACACCCGGCUUUAGACUUGUGGAAAAGUACGGCAUGAUGAUUGGAGGUGUCGACGGCCAUCGUUAUGAUCUUUCUAGCAUGAUUAUGAUGAAAGAUAACCACAUUUGGGCGGGCAAAAAAAUGAGUGAUUCAAUCAAAGCUGCCAAGGCAGCUGGUGGACAUACUCUUAAAGUUGAAGUGGAAGUUGACAGUGAAGCAGCCGCUGACAGUGCCGCUGAAGCCGGCGCAGAUGUGAUCAUGUUAGAUAAUUUUGACGCAGAAGGAGCAAAAGAAGCUGCGGAGAACAUUAAAAAGAGAUGGGGUGAGAAGUUGAUAGUUGAAUGUAGUGGUAGUAUAACUGCAGAUAACAUCACUUCUUAUGCUAGCAAAGAUAUUGAUGUCAUUUCUACGAGCUCAGUCCAUCAGGGCGUUCAACUAGUAUACUUUAGUAUUAAACUCAAUCACUGA